AUGGCUCUUUGGAUGGAGGCGGGUUCGGAACCCAAAACCCAUAAUGAAAUAGCUGACCUUGAAGCCAUAUCUGCCCUAAAAGAGUCUGCUGCUGUUGAAUUUAAGGAAAAGGGUAAUGAGUAUGUGAAAAGUGGCAAAAAGCACUAUUUGGAUGCUAUUGAUUGUUACACCAGAGCUAUAAAUCAGAAGGCUUUAAGCAAUUCAGAGAACUCUAUUGUUUAUUCAAAUAGAGCUCAUGUCAAUCUGCUCCUGGGAAAUUACAGACGUGCUCUCCAGGAUGCCGAGGAGGCAAUCAGACUCUGUCCAACAAACGUUAAGGCACUUUACAGAGCAGUCAAAGCAUCACUGUCACUGGAUUUGUUGAAUGAAGCGAAGUCAUACUGUGAAAAAGGCCUUGACCAAUCGCCAGAUAACGAAGAAUUGAAGAAGCUAGCCAAGCAAAUUGAUCUAAAGAUGUCAGUACACGAACAGCGCCAAGCUGAAAUUUCCAAGGCUGUGGAAGCAGCAGAGGGCCUUGUCUCCGCUUUUGAGCAUAGAGGACUACGAAUUGGGAAGGCAAUGUAUCAAGAACUCACUGGACUUAAAAAGCCAAUUCUAGACAAAAACAAUAUUCUUCAUUGGCCUGUUAUCCUUCUUUAUGCAGAGGUUAUGUCCAGUGACAUCAUUGAGGAUUUUUGUGAGACUGACAUGUUUUCAGCUCAUCUCGACAUGAUAUCCUUGGAUGAUUGCCCUCCUUUAUCCUGGGAUACAGGAAAAGCUUACUCUCGAGGCGCUAUUGAGUUGUACUAUGAGGCUGGUUCUGGAGUUUGUUUAUCCAAGAAAAAAGUCAUCCAAUCUCUCUUAGAAGGUACAGCUGCUUCUCAUCUGGAAAACGUUGACAGUGAAGAUAAAGAUGUCACUCUUGGUUCAGUCGUUAGAGGCACUGAUUCUAAGUGGGUUAGAGUCAACGAGAAGAGAACUCUUCAUGACGUUCUAAAAGAUCCUAAUAUGAUUAUUCCUGGAAUUCCUGUUUUUUUCGCCGUUUCUAGGAAAUCCAGCUUCUACAAAGAUUUCAAGUCUGGAAAUUGGGCUCCGCCAGAGAUUGCAUAA